CCGGAGCUGCGGGCAGCGGGCGGACUGUUAAACCGCGGCGGCGGCGGCGUCAGCCGGGGCGGGAGCGGGGCGCGCUCUGGAGACGAGUCGGCGGCGCCCCGGGUGGGGGGAGGCGGGCGGACAGCUAGAGAUCGCCUACGGCGGCCCCCACCACGGCCGGACCGAAGGUGCGGCGGCGGAGGGCAGCCAGGGCGCCCCAGCAGGCUUCCAGUAAUUAUCUCCAGGAUUCGCCAUGACCCCAGCUCUGAAGGAGGCAACAACAAAGGGUAUCUGCUUUUCAUCUUUGCCAAGUGCCAUGGAAUCUGACAAGAUGCUAUGUGUGGAAAGCCCAAGAACUGUAGAUGAAAAGCUUACAAAAGGAGACACUUUGUCUCAGAUGCUGGGAUUUCCGACUCCUGAACCUACUCUAAAUACAAAUUUUGUGAAUUUAAAACAUUUUGCCUCCCCUCAGGCUUCAAAACAUUUUCAGACAGUUCUUUUAAUGAGUUCUAAUUCAACACUAAACAAAUAUAAUGAGAAUUAUAACCAAAAGAAAGGAAUGGAAUCCAACUGCUGUAAGCUGAAAAAUGUACUGUGUAAUGGCAGCAGCAUUCAGCUCAGCAAGAUCUGCCAUUCUCAUUCUGAGAAGGAGUUCAUCAAAAAGGAGCUCUCGGGUACCACAAGCCAGUGCAUGAAAGACAUCCAGAUUGUCCUGGACUCAAAUCUCACCAAAGACACCAAUGUAGACAAAAUACAUUUGCAAAACUGUAAAUGGUACCAAAAGAAUGCACUUUUGGACAAAUUCACUGAUACUAAGAUUAAAAAGGGGUUAUUGCAAUGCACUCAAAGGAAAAUUGGACCUAGUCACUCAGAUAUGCCUAUUAGUUCCUCAGCUGCUGAAAAAGAGGAGGGAGUGAAUGCUCGUUUGCUUCAUUGUGUGAGUAAACAGAAAAUUUUACUCAGCCAGGCUAGACGAACUCAAAAACACUUGCAGAUGCUCCUGGCAAAGCAUGUUGUUCAGCACUAUGGUCAACAGAUGAAAUUUUCUAUGAAGCACCAGUUGCCCACAAUGAAGCUCUUUCAUGAACCCACCACCGUUUUGGGUAAUAGUUUACUUGAACACACUGAAAUUAAGCCAGAAGUCAACAUACUGGCUUCUGAGAAUAAGUUUUGGGAUGAUACAAACAAUGGCUUUGCUCAGUGUACAGCUGCAGAAAUCCAAAGAUUUGCCCUGUCUGCUACAGGGCUGUUGUCUCAUGUUGAAGAGGGUCUGGAUUCUGAUGCCACUGACAGCAGCUCAGAUGACGAGUUGGAUGAAUAUACCAUUAGAAAAAAUGUGGCAGUUAACUCUAGUACUGAAUGGAAGUGGCUUGUAGACAGAGCGCAAGUUGGCAGCCGAUGGACUUGGCUUCAAGCUCAGAUUUCAGAACUAGAAUACAAAAUCCAGCAACUAACAGAUAUUCACAGGCAUAUUCGUGCCUCCAAGGGAAUAGUGAUCUUAGAAGAAUGUCCACUUCCAAAAGACAUUUUGAAAAAACAAAUACAGUUUUCAAACCAAGCAGUUUCAUUAAACACUUCAGUGAAUUCUCAGGCAACCCAAAGGGGCGAAGAGCCUUUGCCAGAGCAUGAUUUUGAAAUGUCACCAAGUAGCCCUACACUACUUCUUCGAAACAUAGAAAAACAGAGUGCACAGUUGACUGAGAUCAUUAACAGUUUGAUUGCCCCUCUCAACUUGUCUCCAACUUCAUCACCCCUCUCCUCUAAAUCCUGUAAUCACAAAUGUCUGGCUAAUGGCAUUUCAAGGAGUGCUUCGGAGAAUUUAGAUGAGCUCUCUUCCUCCAGUAGCUGGCUACUUAAUCAGAAGCACAGUAAGAAAAGGAGAAAAGACAGGACAAGAUUGAAAUCUCCAUCCUUGGCUAUCAUGAGUACAGCUGCCCGGACAAGGCCCCUUCAGAGUUUCCAUAAAAGAAAACUCUACAGAUUGAGCCCUACUUUUUACUGGACUCCUCAGACUUUACCUUCAAAAGAAUUUUUAAAUGCAACACAGAUACCUUACAUGGGAUCGCCUUUAAGUUGGGAUAACUGGGAACAGAGUUCCAAGUCCCAGCUGUUAAGAGAACAUGUUUCAAAACUAGAUUCCUCUUUUCAUCCUGUGCUGUCAUUGCCAUCAGAGAUGCCCCUUCACCUUCAUUUUGAGACCUUAUUUAAGAAGGCUGAUGUGAAAGGAGAGCUUGUUGAAAAUCCAUUCGUAGGUGACUGUGUCAUAGCUCCGCCACCUGUUCAAGGGACUUCUCUGAAUCAGUGGAGAAAUGGAUAUUCACCUAUAUGUAAGCCUCAGAUAAGGUCACAGUCAUCUGCACAACUAUUACAGGGAAGAAAAAAGAGACACUUGAGUGAAACAGCAUUAGCAGGAGAAAGAACUAGAUUUGAAGAGUUUGCUUUUCAACGUACAGAACCAGGAUCCCACUGUGAUUUUACUGCUGUCUCUAAUGCCAAUGUUACAUCAAGAACCCAAAAUUCAUCUGCACAAAAUACUGCACGACGGAGGUUAAGAAGUGAGAGCUCUUACGAUAUAGAUAAUAUUGUGAUUCCCAUGUCAUUAGUAGCACCAGCUAAAUUAGAGAAACUCCAGUAUAAAGAAAUACUUACUCCACGCUGGAGGAUGGUGGUUCUUCAGCCUCUCGAUGAACAUAACUUAAGCAAAGAAGAGACAGAAGAUCUUUCUGAUGAAGUCUUCUCCCUAAGACACAAAAAAUAUGAAGAGAGAGAGCAAGCUAGGUGGUCACUCUGGGAGCAAAGCAAGUGGCACAGAAGAAAUAACAGAGCUUACAGUAAGAACGCAGAAGGGCAGGACCAGGUUCUGAAGGAAAACUCAAGUGAACUUAGCAGUGCCCAGCACUGUGCUGCCCAGAGCCCGCUCGAGCUCCCAGCAGAGAGCCCCAGUCUGUAUCCUCAGGACUCACUUUCUUUAAUUGACAGUCAAGAAAUCAAGUCUUUGUGGUGGGAGCGACGAGCUUUUCCGCUGAAGGACGAGGAUACAGCAGCCUUAUUAUGCCAAGAUGAAAGAAAGGAUCAGACUGAGGGGGCAAGCACAGCCCUCCGCGAUGGAGUCUUCUGUAGCGCUACACCAGAGGAUGACCACCCUCCAAAAAUGCAGUUAGAUGGAAUGGAAGAGUAUAAAACCUUUGCUAUAGGAGUUACUAAUGUUAAAAGAAAUAGGUGACAGGGAACAUAUUAAGAAAA